CAACCUCCUCCGCCUCCACAACGACGACGAUGACCAGUCAGUUCCGAGGGCUAUCUUCUCGGUGAUCCAAAAUCAAAAGCCACGAGUCAUAGUAGAUCUCGUCGCUGAUGAGGUGGAUCUGCUUGUCGGAGAUGAAGCUGGCGAGGAGGUUGAGCUCCGGUCGGGUCAACGUGGUUCCCAGCGGGUUGGAAGGGUUGGUGACGAGAAGAGGAUGGGCGGGCGAGGGUCGUCGCCGUCGACGGGCGAGGGUGAAGUCUUCGUCGGUGAACUCGGUCACCGUUGACGGCGAUGCUGUCGCCAAGAUGGACGGCCUCGAGAGAUCGUGUGCUGGGAUUCGAAAUUGAUGUGGAGAAUUUGAGAUUGGACUUUUGUGGGAGUAGAUUCAGUACUGUGAUUUAGGCCACACAAUGGAGCAGAAGGAACGAAGGAAGAAGGAAUUACAACAGGAAAAUGAGAGAUUUCCUCAUUUCUGGAUAGCCAGGGAAGGGAGUUCAUUCAUUUUCUGUCAUCAACUCAACAGCACCAAACCACUUGCAAAAUUGAUGUACCCAAAAAUGAACAAACAACAGUGAC